AUGGUCAACAACAACAACAACAACAACAACAACAACAACAACGGGGUACAAGGCCAACGAGCCAAUGGGCAGUUCAACCCAAAUUCCAGUAAUGGUGUACAGAGUCCGUCUUUACCUGGAUCCCAGCAGCAACGCACACAACAACAAGGUCAACCCCAACAACAGAAUUUACAGCAUAUUCCACCUCAACAAUUGGCACAACUUGUGCAAGCAAUGAAAAAUGAUUUUGAAAUGGCCAAAAAUGCCACUGAUGAGCAAACAAAACAGCAUCACUUGAAUCGAGCUGAGAAUAUAAGAAAGGUGUUGGCAAAGUAUCAAGCUCAGAGAAAUAGAUUGCAGCAGCAACACCAGCAGCAACACCAGCAGCAACGUCAAAUGAAUUCUCAACUGCCCCAGCUCAGCAUGCAACAGUCAGGAAUGCAACCACAGCCUUCUGUUCCUGGACAAUCUAAUCCAAUGUCCCAACAGAGUUUCAGCAACAACUAUAAUCAGUUCCGAGAUCCAGUGCAGAAUCUGCCUGCAAUAAAUAAUUCACCGGCGAUGGGCCAUCAGUCACCUUCUAUGGGACCAAGCGGUAUUCCGACAGCUACUGCGCUUAAUCCUAAUAAUCGUCAGUCUCAGGCCUCGGAGGGUAGCAAAGGUAAACAUGAUGUAGAGGAGCAAAGUAAACAAAAGCUACAACAGAAUCAACUGCAGCAGCUGCUGCAAUUGCAACAACAGCCGCAACCACAACAGGUGGGUCCGAAUCAAGUGCCAAAUUUUAAUGCACAGAGUCUGCAACAAUAUCAAAACAUGUUGGGAAGCAUGAGUUCGAGUAAUUCGAGCGGAGCGGGAAGUGGUACGGCUGGCGGUAUAAAUCUCCCAUCUAAUACAAUAUCGAUGGAAAGGUUCAAUCAAAUUCGACAGAAAUUGACGGAGAUUCAGAGGAAGAUCCAGCUUUUGGAACAAAGUAAAAAAGCGGGCAAUGCAACACCAGAACAGGUCUCGAUCAUUGAUAGGGAGUUGGUGGAGUAUAAAACCAAGUUUCAACAGUUUCAAAAGAUUGGUAUUUAUAUGAGGAAUCAGUUGGUGCAGCAAGCGAAGCAACAACAGCAGCAGAGACAGCAAAACCAACAAGUACAACUUGGUCAGUUACCACCAGCACAGCAACCACAACCACAACCACAACCACAACCACAACCACAACCACAACCACAACCACAACCACAACCACAACCACAACCACAACAACAGCAACAGAAUCUUCUUCCUCAAUCGUCACCACAGAUGCCACAAGGCCAGCAACUGCAGCAACAGUUCAAUCAAUUCCCUCCACAAUCACAAGGUAACAACAGCAUGCAGUUUUCACCACAUAUGUCGCCACAAUUACAAAACAGCUUUCAGGGCUCACCUCAGUCUCAGUCUCAGUCUCAGUCUCAGCCUCUCCAGCAACAACAAAAUCAACAGCAGCAGCAGCAGUCAUUAGCACAGCAUCAUAGAAACAUAGCUACAGGCCAACAAGCUGUCCCUUCGCAAUUAGCUGCAACGAACAUGAAUGGAGCUUUGACGAACCAACCACUUGCACACCAAUCUAAGCAGCCUUCUCAAGCAGGCAGCCCUGUGUACCGUAGUACUCAUCCAACACCGUCUCAUCAAGUUCAACAACAGGUACCAAUUCAAAACCAGAGACCACCCAGUCGACAAGCAUCCGCCACUCCUCAGGCCCAACCUCAAUCUCAGCUGUUGCAGCAGUCAAGCAGACAAGGCUCAGCUUCUUCAGAGAAGAAACCGGUAGCUGCUGGACCGGGAGUGCCCAAUGGGUCUGCUGCGAAGUCGGCGUCGCCUGGCGCAGAGGGUGGUCGCUCAACCCCUCAAAGGCCCAGAUCAGCAAUGUCGAUGAACCUCGCUGGGAUAACCAAGCCCAGUGUUCCCUCGAUUCCUAUAUCGGGUUUGGUAGAUAUAAAACCACCUACAGUUGUAACUUUUAAUCCGGUUACUGAUACCCGGCCCACCUUGACUGGUGGCGGUGCAAACUCGUUGAGUAUGUUGUGGGACACUCCGGCAAUCACAAAAUUGCCCACUUUUGACUUGGAGGGUGGAGAGUCCACCACUGAAUCGGGUAGAGUUUUGAACAAGAGAAAGUUGCAAGAUAUCAUCAGUACUGUUGGUGUUGAUGACGGUGAUGGCAAAACCACGAUAGAUGGUAAUGUAGAAGAGUUGUUGUUGGAUUUGGCUGAUGAGUUUAUUUAUUCAGUGACUAGUUUCGCCUGUCGGUUGGCCAAGCACAGAAAAGUGGAUUCCAUUGAUGCAAAGGACGUGCAGUUGCAUUUGGAUCGCAAUUGGAAUAUCAAGAUCCCGGGGUAUGCUAUGGAUGAGAUAAGGAGCACGAGAAAGUAUCAACCUAGUACCUCAUAUAAUCAAAAAGUGCAAGGGAUUGAAAUUUCCAAAGCGAUUAAUGACGACAUUUGA